UAGGAGAUCUUGGGAGUGUGAGAGAUUUAGGGGUUCAGCUGUCCACCGGGGGACGUCACACUGGUAGCGCUAACACGUGCUUUACACUUGGGACGAUGUAUAGCUUUGAGGUAGACAUCAAAAGGCAGUGAAUUUCAAUAGGAAGGAACAAAAAAAAAAAAAGAAGAAAUUAUAAUGGGGAGAGUGUGAGGAGUGAGAGAGAGGAAGAGAGAGAGGCAGCGCUGCUUUAACUCCUAGUCAUUCCAGACUGCCUGCUUGGCUUGGCUGGAUCAUGCUCUCUGCCUUCUGACCUGACCAGUCCAAUGGGGUUACAACAUGGGUGCCUGAACAGGGUUGAGGAUCCUAAGAGCUUUCCAGAGGCAACAUCUUUGAAAUGAACGACUAAUGGAUCGCCAACCAACAACAAUUACCCAAAUUCAAAAAAGGGAAUUAAGACGACAUUGGGCUUAAGCUGCUUGCCCUAAGAUUGGCAGUUAUGAGAGUGGCAGUGGUAUGGGCCCUCUUUCCCCUCCUCCUCGCUCCAUCUCUUGCCUGUCCCAAAGAAUGCACCUGCAACAGCAACACCAAAGUAGUGGACUGCCGUGGACGCGGCCUCUAUGACAUUCCCAGGCGGCUCCAUCCAGAUACACAAGAACUCUAUCUGCAGGACAACCGGAUCCGAGGACUGGGCUCAAUGGCAUUCCGUGACAUUCCUCUUGUCAGAAUUCUGGAUCUGUCAAAUAAUUCCAUAUCGACAAUUUCCCCGACAGCUCUCCUAGGUUUGAGGACGCUCCAGCGCCUCAGUCUGGCCCAUAACAGCCUCCGAGAGCUGGAUAAGAGGCUACUGGGUCCAGUGCGAUCACUAUCACACCUGGAUCUAUCACACAACAGUUUGGGCAGUUUGCCCACUGCCAUAGGGGAAGGCCUGAGGAACGUGAGCCACCUGGGCCUAGCUCAUAACCGCUUCAUCAGACUAGAGCGCUCCCUGCUAGAGAACUUGGAACACAUCAACAGUAUUACGCUGAGAGGAAACCCCUGGAGGUGUGACUGUCAGCUCAUAGGCCUCAAGCUCUGGCUCGAGACCUACCUCUUCAAAGGUGGCGCUGUAGAUGAGAUUCUUUGCACCCAACCUGAUGAGAUGAAGAACAGAGAUUUACAGAAGAUCCCAUACCAGCUCUUCCAUACCUGCAUGACCACAAGCUACCACUACCUAUUUGCCAACAUCCAACACCUGGAGUCAGACAGGCUGCUCCGAGGCCACGCCCACGGCAACCACCCCUCAGGUCACACCCACCAUGUCACCAUGGGAGAUAGCGGAGGCGGCGGGGGAGGGGGAAACGUGCCUGAGUGCGAAGCCAAGCAAAAACAAAGACCGGUGAACUUGCGCCACGCUAUAGCUACGGUGAUUAUAACUGGAGUGGUAUGUGGGAUUGUGUGUCUCAUGAUGCUCGCAGCCGCAGUGUAUGGCUGUGCCUACGCUGCUAUCAUGGCCAAAUAUCAGAGAGAGCUCAAGAAGAACGAGGAGUUGGCAGCAGCGCAGGGGGCGGAUCACGCAACAGCAGAUGAGAAAGAACCACUGGAAAAUGCAAUUGCUUAAAACAAAACUGAAAAAUUUACACAGAAUUUGCAGGUUUGAACCCUUUAAACUACAAUACAGAGGCCAUACUAAGUGUUUGAGAUGAGUGAGUGAAAAUGUUUAUUUAUGUGCAUCAAAUCAUUUAGCAAAAACUUCCAAGUAGCAAAAAAUACCAAUAUCUGACUAUGCACUAAGGCUUGCAUCCACUGCCUGUCUCACCUUGAUCAGGUCACUCCAUUAAGUUUACAUUUUGUUAUAAAAGCUAUUUAAUAUGUCAGGUGCAAAAGGAUAUCUGGGCUGACUACUGUACUUAUGGUUCAAUGGGCAAUAUGAAAUCACUAAUAUUCCUAAAAGAACAAUAAACUACCCUACACGAAUAUAUUGUAAACAUAAAACAGUCUUUAAAAAAAUAAGUUUAAUGCGCAUUUGAAAUAUAUCAAAUAUCUGGUUAUAAUUUUGAAAACACUCAAUGGUAACCUAUAAUGAAUUUAAAAUAUAAAUGGACUGGUGUGAGGAAUAAUAUGGGUCAAGCUAAGAAUUUCAUUAUUGUCUGAAAAGUACAUAUCAGAAAUGACAGGUCUAUAUAUUUAUAAGAUGUCUUUGUAGGUAUAUUAGUAAAGUCAGAGUUGUAUGUACUAGAUAGUUCCCUGAAAAAAAAUACAAAAGCAGUAGGCAGCUGUCAUUAAAGUUGUGUCCUGUUGACUGGGAGUGUAUGUGUCUACAUUAGCGUUGUACUAACCCAUGUUUGGAGUUUAUAAAGACUGUGCCUAUUUGCAAAUGAAGGAGAAUAUUUUUUGAUAAAGAGAAGCAAUAAUGCAACUAAUGCGAAUGCGAAAGUAUACAUAGACCUGAUGUCUUCUAUAUUAACUUUUGAAUAAAAAGACUUUAAAGCUACCUGCCAAUGCUACAGAACAACCAUUCUAAAGAUGUGUUCAGGGAUUUGUAAUUUUAUUGAUCACUGUAUUUUAUAAAAUAAACAAAUAUAUGGAUUAUUUUUCAUGUUUAAACAAUGUGCAUAUCAUGUCAUUAUAUUACUCAGAUUUCCUGAUCAAACUAACUAGAGUGAUGUCAUGGCUAUUUUCUCUGAACUAUUCGUCUACAAGAGUGGCUUCCACUGUGACAUUUGUGUUGUUGGAGGACUAUUGUGUUUUCUGUAUUUCAUCCAAGAACUGGGCACUGAUUUGGAAAACAUUGUGAAGCAUAUUCAUUAUUCAUUACUUUAUGUAAAUAGAAAAAAGCACUACUCAAAAGGAAUAUUUAAGAUCCUAUAGCUGAACAUUUAUGAACUGACUGACAUAACUGAAAUUUAUUUUCUCUAAUGUUCUAAAUAUAUUCAUAUCUUUCAAA